AUGAGCACAGUCUCCAAAAAUAAAUUGGACAUUUCGAGUGAUAUUAGAGAGGCACCUCGACUUCCAAACAAUACUGGAGAAGUUUCUCAAUCUCGAAAUGAUACUGGAGAAAGAUCUCGAAAUGAUACUGGAGAAAGAUCUCGAAAUGAUACUGGAGAAAGAUCUCGAAAUGAUACUGUAGAAAAAUCUCGAAAUGAUACUGGAGAAAGAUUUGGAAACGAUACGGGAGAAAGAUCUCGAAAUGAUACUGGAGAAAGAUUUGGAAACGAUACUGGAGAAAGAUCUCGAAAUGAUACUGGAGAAAGAUCUGGAAACGAUACUGGAGAAAGUUCUCGAAAUGAUACUGGAGAAAGAUUUGGAAACGAUACUGGAGAAAGAUCUCGAAAUGAUACUGGAGAAAGAUCUCGAAAUGAUACUGGAGAAAGAUCUCGAAAUGAUACUGGAGAAAGAUCUCGAAAUGAUACUGGAGAAAGAUCUCGAAAUGAUACUGGAGAAAGAUCUCGAAAUGAUACUGGAGAAAAAUCUCGAAAUGAUGCUGGAGAAAGAUUUGGAAACGAUACUGGAGAAAGAUCUCGAAAUGAUACUGGAGAAAGAUCUCGAAAUGAUACUGGAGAAAGUUCUCGAGAUGAUACUGGAGAAAGAUCUCGAAAUGAUACUGGAGAAAGAUCUCGAAAUGAUACUGGAGAAAGAUUUGGAAACGAUACUGGAGAAAGAUCUCGAAAUGAUACUGGAGAAGGAUCCCGAAACAAUACUGGAGAAAGAUCCCGAUACGAAUCGUUUAACGGGCUAUACUGCUUUACCGGGAAGACUUCCACGUAG